AUGGUGAGAGGAGUGAUCCCGCGGUUCACGACCACAUGUGCUCGCAUUUCCCGGGCAGCGAGACAGCGCAACCCUGGAAAAAUGCGUGUGCUGGUCUCCUCUUAUUUUCAGCCUAUUGGGAGAAGUGCUAAAUUGGUGCGUUUUAUGGAUCACAGGAUGCGCUGUGUUCUUCAGGACAGCCGUGUUUUCAUUGGAACUUUAAAAGCUUUCGACCGGCAUAUGAACUUGAUUCUUUGUGACUGUGAUGAAUUCAGGACGUUGAAAUCAAAGAAUUCCAAGAAGGGAGAACGGGAAGAAAAAAGGUCGCUUGGACUUGUGUUGCUUCGAGGAGAGACACUUGUAACAAUGACUGUGGAAGGGCCUCCUGUGAGAGAGGUUGGCAUUUCCAGAGUUGCAGUUCGUGGUCCUGGUGUUGGCAGAGCAGCAUUGAGAGGAAUACCUGUCAGUAUAUCAAUGAUCCAGAUACCUACAGGUCUAGCUGGACCAGUAAGGGGGGUUGGCGGUCCCUCACAAGAGGUAAUGACACCUCGGGCUGGAGAAUGUGGAGGUGUACCUGCUCCUAGUUUUUCUGCUGCCCCUCAACCCCACAUACUAAUGAGAGGGGUCCCACCUCUUGUGAAUCUUGUGGAAGCAAGAGCAGGCUUUCUGGGACUGCCACCUCCUGGCUUGAGAUUUCCAUCUGGACUCUCAAUGGGGAUGCCUUCAGCCAGAGGAGUUCCCAUGGGAAUGCUGCCAGGAAUUAGACCACCAAUGUUGCCCAGGAUGAGAGGUCUAUUGGUUUAUCCCCAAGGUUUCCCUGGAUCACGAACAAAUCCUCCAAGGCCUUAG